AAAAACCCUCGUCCAAACACCGAACCCUCCACUUUUCCCCAACUCUUCCCUCCUUUCUCUCUCUCUCUCUCUGAUUCUCGGAGGCGCAAAACUCAAAAACACACAAAAACAAAUAAACGCCUCCGACCAAAUCCUUUAUCCUUUUACUUCUCCUUCCCCAAACCCUAAGCUCCUCCGAUGGCCACCGAUCCUACCCAGCAGCAGCAGCAACUGGCCAUAAUUCUGGGCCCCGACCCGACCCACUUUGAAACCCUAAUCUCUCAUCUUAUGUCCUCCAGCAACGACCAACGAUCCCAGGCCGAAGCCCUCUUCAACCUCUGCAAGCAGGCCCACCCGGAUGCCCUCCUUCUCAAGCUCCUCCACGUCUUGCAAUCCUCGACCCGACCCGAGUCCAGGACCAUGGCCGUCAUCCUCCUCCGCCGCCAGCUCACCCACGAUGACUCCUUCCUCUGGCCCCGCCUCACCCCCAACACCCAGUCCACCCUCAAGUCCCUCCUUCUCUCCUCUCUCCAAUCCGAGUCCUCCAAAUCCAUGUCCAAGAAGCUCUGCGAUACCAUUUCCGAGCUCGCCUCCUCCCUUCUCCCCGAAAACCAGUGGCCCGAGCUUCUCCCUUUCAUGUUCCAGUGCGUCACCUCUGACAAUCCCAAACUCCAGGAAUCGGCUCUCUUGAUUUUCGCCCAAUUGGCGCAUUACAUCGGCGAAACCCUCGUUCCUCACUUGACUACCCUCCACGAGGUCUUCUUCCGAUGCCUGUCCACCUCCGCCAAGAGCGCCGACGUCAGAAUCGCUGCGCUCGGGGCGUCAGUGAAUUUCAUCCAGUGCUUGACUAGUGCGGCCGAGAGGGACAGGUUCCAGGACUUGUUGCCGCUGAUGAUGCAGACGUUGACCGAGGCGUUGAAUUGCGGGCAGGAGGCGACUGCGCAGGAGGCUCUGGAGUUGUUGAUUGAAUUGGCAGGGACUGAACCGAGGUUCUUGAGAAGGCAGUUGGUGGAUGUGGUGGGGUCCAUGCUUCAGAUUGCCGAGGCCGAGUCCUUGGAGGAAGGGACAAGGCAUCUGGCCAUUGAGUUUGUGAUUACCUUGGCCGAGGCCAGGGAGAGGGCACCUGGGAUGAUGAGGAAGUUGCCGCAGUUCAUUCAGAGGUUGUUUGCGAUUCUCAUGAACAUGUUGUUGGACAUUGAGGAUGAACCUGAGUGGCACGCGGCCGAUACAGAGAAUGAGGAUGCCGGGGAGACAAGCAAUUACGGGUUUGGACAGGAGUGUUUGGAUAGGCUCUCUAUUUCCCUGGGUGGGAAUACCAUUGUCCCAGUUGCUUCAGAGGUUUUCCCAGCUUUCUUGGCUGCUCCUGAGUGGAAAAAGCACCACGCUGCACACAUUGCCCUUGCUCAGAUUGCUGAGGGUUGCUCCAAGGUAAUGAUAAAGAACCUUGAACAGGUCGUGUCAAUGGUGUUGAAUUCAUUCCAAGAUCCCCAUCCGCGUGUGCGAUGGGCAGCAAUUAAUGCAGUUGGGCAAUUGUCAACGGAUUUAGGCCCAGAGUUACAAGUCCAGUAUCACCAGCGAGUGCUGCCUGCUUUGGCUGGAGCCAUGGAUGACUUCCAAAAUCCUCGAGUACAGGCCCAUGCUGCUUCAGCAGUACUCAAUUUCAGUGAAAAUUGCACCCCAGAUAUUUUGACACCAUACCUGGAUGGAAUUGUGAGCAAGCUUCUUGUACUUCUACAGAAUGGGAAGCAGAUGGUGCAGGAGGGUGCUUUAACAGCUUUAGCAUCAGUUGCCGAUUCGUCACAGGAGCAAUUCCAGAAGUAUUAUGAUGCUGUAAUGCCUUACUUGAAAGCUAUCUUGAUUAAUGCUAAUGACAAAUCCAAUCGCAUGCUACGUGCCAAAUCCAUGGAGUGUAUUAGUUUGGUUGGAAUGGCUGUCGGAAAGGAUAAGUUCAGGGAUGACGCUAAGCAGAUUAUGGAAGUCUUGAUGUCAUUGCAAGGAUCACAAAUGGAGGCAGACGAUCCUACAACAAGUUACAUGUUACAAGCAUGGGCCAGACUUUGCAAAUGCCUUGGACAGGAUUUUCUCCCUUAUAUGAAUGUUGUCAUGCCCUCUUUGCUUCAGUCUGCUCAACUGAAGCCUGAUGUGACAAUUACAUCUGCAGAUUCAGAUGCAGAUAUUGAUGAAGAUGAUGAUAGCAUUGAAAUGAUUACUGUUGGUGAUAAACGGAUAGGAAUUAGGACUAGUGUCCUGGAGGAAAAAGCUACAGCUUGUAACAUGCUAUGUUGCUAUGCUGAUGAACUGAAGGAAGGGUUCUUUCCAUGGAUUGAUCAGGUUGCUCCAACAUUGGUUCCUCUUCUCAAAUUUUAUUUCCAUGAAGAAGUUAGGAAGGCAGCUGUUUCAGCGAUGCCUGAGCUGUUGCGUUCAGCCAAAUUAGCUGUAGAGAAGGGACUUGCACAAGGUCAUAAUGAGUCUUAUAUCAAGCAGUUGUCUGAUUACAUAAUACCAGCAUUGGUUGAAGCACUACACAAGGAGCCUGAGGUAGAAAUUUGUGCAAGCAUUUUAGAUGCGUUAAAGGAAUGUGUGCAGAUUUCUGGAGUACUUCUUGAUGAAAACCAAGUUAGGUGCAUCGUGGAUGAAAUCAAACAGGUGGUUACAGCCAGUUCAUCAAGAAAACAAGAGCGAGCAGAAAGGGCCAAGGCAGAGGACUUCGAUGCAGAAGAAGGAGAACUGCUUAAGGAAGAAAAUGAACAAGAAGAAGAACUUUUUGAUCUGGUCGGUGAUUGCUUGGGAUCGUUGAUUAAGACAUUCAAGGCAUCUUUCAUACCUUUCUUUGAUGAGCUUUCAACUUACGUAACACUUAUGCUGGGUAAGGAUAAAACUGCGGAAGAGAGGCGGAUUGCCAUUUGUAUAUUUGAUGAUAUGGCAGAGCAUUGCCGUGAAGCAGCUCUUAAAUACUAUGAUACCUACGUUCCUUUCCUAUUGGAAGCUUGCAAUGAUGAAAGUUCAGAUGUUCGUCAGGCUGCGGUUUAUGGGGUUGGUCUUUGCGCUGAGUAUGGUGGAUCUGUGUUUAAACCGCUUGUUGGAGAAGCUCUUUCUAGGUUGGAUAUGGUAAUCAGGCACCCUAAUGCACAACAUUCUGACAAUGUGAUGGCAUAUGACAAUGCUGUUUCAGCUUUUGGGAAAAUUUGCCAGUUCCAUCGUGACAGUAUAGAUGCAACACAGCUUGUCCCAGCCUGGUUAAGCUGUUUACCUAUAAAAGGUGAUUUGAUUGAGGCCAAGGUUGUCCAUGACCAGCUAUGUUCAAUGGUUGAAAGGUCAGAUAGAGAGCUUUUAGGGCCCAAUAAUCAAUAUCUUCCCAAAAUAGUUGCGGUUUUUGCUGAGGUUUUAUGCGCUGGUAAAGAUUUGGCAACAGAGCAAACUGCUAGUCGUAUGGUUAGUCUAUUAAGGCAGCUUCAACAAACUUUACCGCCCUCUACCCUAGAAUCAACCUGGUCAUCCUUGCAGCCCCAGCAACAGCUUGCAUUGCAAUUUAUACUCUCAUCAUAAUUCUUUAGCCUUGGCAUUGCCUUAUGUUUGUGGAAACUGCUGCUUCUGGUCAUUAUAUUUCCCUUUGCAUUGGUGGGAUAUGCAAUUUCAUUUAUCAGGAAAGCUCGUGGGGUGGGCACAUGAUUGUUUGGAAGCGGAUGUCUGGUCUGCGUUUUGAUAGUGCAUUCUUUUGAUUUUGUGUUCCAAAAUUAUUUCUCGUGGUUUGGCGCCAAUGCCUUGUUGCAUUUUUUAGUCGGCGGAGGAUGAAAAAAGUUAGGGAUAGUGAAAGUUUUGCAAUACAGUGUGCAUAUUAUAGACGAUCCAGUACUCCUAAGCUUCAAAAGAUUGAAGUCAACAAAAGGAUUGUGUACAAUUGUGGCUUUUAGUUUUGUAUGUUAAAGGUCAAGGUGUGUGAUGAAGACAUCUUGUAUCAGUUUUGGUGCUUUAUAUUUUUGAAAUGUAAAACAGUUUAAUAUAAGUUUGUUUUGCAUUUGGUUUCAUUGUUCAGCAC